AUGAUUUAUCUCCUCCCUCGUUAUGCUCUCUCACCAGUUUUGGGGCGUUUCAGUAGUAUAUCUCCAGAUAGCUUAUGUGGGUUGACGAAGGUGCCUAUAAUAUAUGUGACCGUUGAUAAUGCAUCUGCCAAUGAUGUGGUUGUUGGUUAUGUAAAGAAAAGGAUUAAUGCAUGGAAAGUCUCGGUUCUUGAUGGUAAGUUCAUCCUUUUCAGAUGUGGUGCUCACAUACUAAAUUUAAUUGUGGGUGAUGGUUUGAAGGAGUUGUGUGAUUCAAUCGAUGCCAUUCGUAAUAGUGUAAGAUACAUCCGGUCAUCUUCUUCAAAGUUACAAAAGUUCAAUGUUUGUGUUGAAAGGGAAAAGAUUACUUACAAGGGUGGCUUGGUCUUAGACGUGCCUACAAGAUGGAACUCAACUUUUAUGAUGUUAGACGUGGCACUUAAAUUUGAAAAAGCUUUUGCAAGUUAUGAGGACGAAAACCAUAAGUACUUGAGUCACUUUCUAAAUAAUGAGAAUGAGAAAAAGAGAGUUGGACCACCUAAGAGUAUUGAUUGGAAGUGUGUUUCGCCUUUUGUUAAAUUCCUCUCCACUUUUUAUGAAGUUACUUUAAAAUUUAGUGCCACUUUGCAUGUUAAGGUCUUACCGUCAUCAGCACUUCCCCAGGUUACACGGCUAUCCUUUGUCCGUCAAAUUGUUGCCAAGAUUACUGUGAAGGUGGAAGAAAUCCUUAACGAGUUAUUUGAAGUUUACAAUGUUGAGUUUGGAGGAGGUGAAUCAAAGGUCAUUAUUGGAAAGUUAUAUGCAAAACAACAAUUGCAAGUGCCGGAGAAAAUGAAUGAUCUUCAAAGAUAUUUGGUUGAAGAAUCUCUCGAUCCAACAACUACCGAAUUUGAUAUUUUACUAUGGUGGAAAGCAAAUGCUAGUAGGUAUGCUAUUUUAUCUAUGAUUGCAAAGGAUGUUCUUGUCAUCCUCGUGUCUACGGUUGCUAUCGAAUCCGCAUUUAGUACUAGUGGACGUAUUUUGGACUCAUUUAGGAGUUCAUUGAGUCCAAAAAUGCUCGAGGCAUUAGUGUGCACCCAAAGUUGGUUGAAAGAUUUACAGGUUUUAAAUACAGAUUUUGCAAGUUUUAAAUAUUUACAGGAAACCGACUUACUGGAGCUGGGUGAUUUUCCGGCGGAUUACUAG